AGGAGCGGCUGCGUCGGCCUUUUCCGCCCGCUCCCCCCUUCCCCCGAGGGCCGCUCCGGCUGCAGCGCGCUCGUUCCGCGCUCCUGCCAAAGCCAGUGCCGCCGUCGCCGCCUCUCCUUCCAGCCGCCAUCAUGAUUAUCUACCGGGACCUCAUCAGCCACGAUGAGAUGUUCUCGGACAUCUACAAGAUCCGGGAGAUCGCGGACGGGCUGUGCCUGGAGGUGGAGGGGAAGAUGGUCAGUAGGACAGAGGGUAACAUUGAUGACUCGCUCAUCGGUGGCAAUGCCUCCGCCGAAGGCCCCGAGGGCGAAGGGACCGAAAGCACGGUAGUCACUGGUGUGGACAUUGUCAUGAACCAUCACCUACAGGAAACCAGCUUCACCAAGGAAGCCUACAAGAAGUACAUCAAAGAUUACAUGAAAUCAAUCAAAGGCAAACUUGAAGAACAGAGACCAGAAAGAGUCAAACCUUUUAUGACAGGGGCUGCAGAACAAAUCAAGCACAUCCUUGCUAAUUUCAAAAACUACCAGUUCUAUAUUGGUGAGAACAUGAACCCAGAUGGCAUGGUUGCUCUGCUGGACUACCGCGAGGAUGGUGUGACCCCAUACAUGAUUUUCUUUAAGGAUGGUUUGGAAAUGGAAAAAUGUUAACAAAAUCGGCAGUUUCUUUGGAUCUGUCACUGCUCAUCCUAACUGGCUGCUGUUCGUCAUCGCAACACCAGGACUUGCAAGAAAUGGGACUGAUGUCACCUUGAACUCUUAUUUUGACUGUGGUUUACUUCGAGUGGAGGCAUUGUUUUUAAGGAGAAAAACAUUGUCAUGUAGGUUGUCUAAAAAUAAAAUGCAUUUAAACU